GGGUCAAUGAUAUUGGAUGUGAGAUGGGCACGCAUAUACUAGAGUAUACUGGUAUAUACUACCUAGGGAGUAUUAAUUUGUUCGCUACCUUUCGUUAGCACAUAUGUUUGUUCGGGCAUUUAGACGUGGCCUUAGGUAACUGGCAUUUUAUAUGUGGAAACACUGCACAAGGGAUAUACUUCCUCAAAACCCAUAGAUAAACAUGGAACUGAUGGAGGACCUGUUAAGCCAUGUUUUCCAAGACAUCGAUGCAAAUCAUCUACAUGAGCCGACAGUGCAGUUUUAUGAAGAAGGAUGUACGUCUACGAUCUCAAGGAAAUAUGAGAGGCUUCUUCGUUCUUAUUCCAAUUCACCUAUGUUAGAGAGUGUGUUGUUAUGUAAACUCGCCCGGAUUGAUUUUAUGGCGACGGAAUACGAACUUAGCUUAGACAGGUUUGAAUCAGCGCUUGACAAGGCAAGAGACCUAAAACAUUCGCAAUUGGAAUGCUCCAUUUUGUACGGUUUUGGCAACUGUUAUCUUCAGCUAAAACGCUACAAAGACGCAAUACAAAAGUUUCAAAUAAUGGGUGAGAUAGCAAGUAGAAAUGAUGACCAGUUUUACCAGGCAGUUUCUCACUGUUCUUUGGCUAAAAGCUACGCGAGUCAAAACGAAACUGAGCUUGAAAAAGCUUCACACCAAAUUGAACAUUGCGUCAAAAUACUCAAAGGUACCCCAAAGAACUCGGAACAUUUUUCAACUAUUUCUCUUCUUUGUGCACAAGUACGACUCCACGUUGCCAAAUCUGCCAUAAAUCGCACCGCAGCUGAACGCCAACUUCAUCUUGCAAAACAGGAUUUGCUUCAAUCGCAGAUGGACAGUAUCACUGUAGGAAAGCAGGCUGCUAUAUGGCUGUGUCUUGCACAGAUUCAUUUAGCCCUGUGUGACCAUGUGACCGCUCUACAAAAUGGCAUCCAAGCGGCGGACAAUGCGGUUUCAAACACAAUGAAGGGAGACUGUUUUGCAUUGUUGAGUAUCAUUUACUUCAGAUUAGGAUGUCGGGAUUUGGGGUUUCGUUGUGCCGACCUGGCAGUGGAGAUCUUCAAAAUGCUUAACUAUCAAAUGAAAAUGUUUGACGUCAAUCUUAAUAUCUCCUACGCGUUUUUGGAAUUCAAAGAAUUUGACGUAACACAUCGAUACCAACUAGAAGCAGAAGAUGUGUCGAAAAUUACUGGAUACUUGCAAGGCGCCACUGUUUUUGCAAAGUCUCUCCAGAUUAGACUUUCCAGUGAUAAACACAAGCUUGCCUUCUCUGAACAGAGCAGAGAGGCCAGUGAGAUUCUUCAGAUGAUUCACAUCAACAGGGAUGAAGCCGACGAAGCCCUUUUUUGCGCUGAGAGCACCAGAUCGAACUCCUUGAUAAGUUGGAUUGAAACCAGGUUUGAAGACGACCCUGCUAAGCGGCAAAUUUUGAAGUUCUUUGCAGUAAGCGUUUCGACGCUUGGCAUGAUGAAAGUGAUUGAAGAGGUCUGCGACACAGGGAUUAUGUAUUCCUAUAUCUCCAACAGGCUUUUUAAUGGAUUUAUUGUAUGGAUCUUUCAUACUGGAGAUAAUGAAAAAAGGAACAACAUACUAACCAAAGUCAUCCCUUGCUCUUACCACAAACUUCAAUCUACUAUCAAGAUGCUGCAAAUGACCAUUGCAUCCAAGAGUCGUGAAAUUGGAAUUGUGGGCCGGGACGCAUUCGUAAGAGAUCGAAACGCCUUAAAAGAAGAUGACAUUGAGGGAGGAAGUGAACACAGUUUGCAAGGGUCGUGCGCCAUUUUGCGAGAACUCUACACAAUAUUAUUAGAACCCAUUGAAAAGGAAGCUCGUAUUAUUCGAGAGGAACACAAGAGCAACGGAGCUAUGUGGCGCCUUUUGAUUAUCCCGAACUCUGAAUUAUUUCUUGUCCCUUUCCCUGCUCUUGUGAACUCUUGGGGUCAAUAUCUAUGCAGAAUUUGGAAAGUUUCUGUUGUCUCUUCUCUUAAACUUCUGUCGCAUCUUCGCGGUCUAGCAUUAAAGGAGGACAGUCAGAAAACCUUUCUAGUGAUAGGUAAUCCUCUUACCCCUACAGGAGCAGGUCUUUGUUUCCUCCCUGGAGCAGAGAGGGAGGCGAAAAAUGUCGCAGCGUUGUUUCCACACGCCAAAUUGCUUGUUGGAAAGAUGGCAAGAAAGAACAUUGUCAUGGAACAGAUGAAAGAUGCGCAAGUCAUACACUUUGCGUGUCAUGGAUGUUGGACAGAAAGUUAUUUGGCGUUGGCAUCGAAUUCAGACGAUCUUGAAGAAUGUGCGCAACCCAAACACUACAGACUGACCGCCGAUGAAAUAGCACAUCUUACGCUAAAAGCCGGGCUAGUUGUACUGAGUGCAUGCAAUAGUGGCAGAGGCAGGGUAACGGGGGAAGGCAUCGACGGUCUUGCGCGUGCGUUCUUCCUUGCUGGCGCACGCGCAGUACUUGUAGCUCUAUGGCAGCUACCAGAUGCCGCCACUGUGUCAAUAAUGACAUCAUUUUACUCUAACUUUAAAUCAGGACAAUCUGCGUCAUCGGCGCUUCGCCAGGCCAUGGAAGACUGCCAACAAGAUUUCAAAGACCCAUUUUACUGGGCAGCCUUUUACCUUAUGGGUGACGACGUGUACUAUAGUAAUGCAGUCCCCGAAUGGCUUUUAUUAGGCCACUUCCCGUAUUGAUGACGACUUAUUACAAAGACGUUGAAGGCACCAGUACAAAUACAUGUACAUUCUGAUGGUUUUGUGCACAUAAACAUUUUUGUACCGUAAUUCUUUGAUAGUGCAGAAGUUCUUAGCAAACUCUAUGUAGCAACUUUAGUGUAGAGAAUUCUUCGUUAAGUAUUUAUUUACUCCCGUGUGCUGUCAGGCUCUUGAUUUUCUGUGUAUGGCGUCACGUUCAGUGAUGAGUUCCCUUUCGAAAUGUUUGCGUUUGGAGAACCCUUUGCCAACGAUUAUGUUUGCUCCUACAGGCAACGCAUGCGCAAAAAAUGAUAUUUAUUAUUGAAAAUAGCACACUUCAAGGUCACGAUGAAAGUCAUUGUAACUUUGCUGGCCACUAGUAAACUGAGACUGAUAUAGUGGUCCCUAUGCACGGUGAAAAAUAUUGCUACAUAUGUAUAUGCACUUUAACAUUGUGUGAGUUCUACUUUUUCUAACCAUCUUGUCAUUUCUA